GGAGAGGAUAAAGAGUGGCCGAAUGGGACUGUGAGAGAGGCAGGCAGGGAGAGGGGAGGGUUGUGCAGAUAGACCAGAGUGGAGCGGACCCACCAAACUAGGGGUGUGUCAAAUGGCUUCCAGCACAGCACAGUGUGAUAAUCCUAGUGGAUAGUUCUAUUUUUAACACACUGGCCAGCCGUGUUCUGCCCUGUCAACUUCACUCUGCUCUGUGUCUCCUGCUUGUUGAGCUUCAGUCAGUACGUUGAUGCUAGUGGCUCUGAUCUGUUGUGCUGUGGCUCGGCUGUGGGACUGGAGGGACUGGAAGGGGGAUAUAACACCGCUGCUGAAACAUAGACCUUCCAACUGGAUUGUUUUUGCGCCUGUUGGAUGAGGGGACAGAGGGGUCUCUCUACUGCCGUUUUGUGCUUGGUCACUCUAUCUUCAAAGGAAAUAUUGAAGGACUGUUGAGUUUGGAAGCACCCAGAGACUGAAAUGAGAGAACAGGACAGAGACUAAGAUUUGCAGGAUCCAGAGAGAAGAGAGUGGACAGUAGGGGCUGUAAAGCUCAUCUUAUACUUUAUGAAGUUAAGUUUGGACGGGGGAGACAAUGUCCAACGAAAGUGACACUGGAGGUCAACCUGCUGCGACAACAACAAUCAGCACUAUCGCCGUGCAGGCUGGCGAUUCUCAGAUUAUUGUUACUGUGUUCAAGUGUGAGUCACUGGUGCAGCUGCAGUUGACUGAAGCCAAUCCCAACCUGCUGGCGAUCGGAAGCAACCAGGAUGAAACCAAGAAACUACUGCAUGAACACGAGCAGCUCCUGAUCAAACUCAAGAAACAUGAGGCAGGCGUGUGGGCCUUGCUGGAGGAGGCAGACAGGACGGCAGAGGAGAAGGAAGAUGAAGGGGAGGUGUAUGAGGCCAUGGCUGUCUCGCUGAGCGACGCCUGGAGAACCCUGAUCUCACUGCUAGAGAAGCGCCGGUCGCUGCUACACCUGGCCUCAGAGUUCUUCGACAGGGCUCUCGAGUUUGCUAUCAGAAUAGAUGAGGCAGAAGAGUUCCAGAGCAGAGAGCAGGAGCUGGCAGAUGCGGAGUGUCUGAAAGAACUGCUCAUGAAACACAGUGUUAUGAAGAGAGGCCUUCUGGAGAAGUCAAUGUUGGUUCUGAACAAGAGUCGUGGUCUUCUAGACUUCCUGAGAGAGUUCCAGACUGAGGAUGGUCUUCAGAGGAGUGAGGCAUUGAGAUGGGCUGACAGCAGCUAUGGCCGGGUGGAAAGUCUGAUGGAGAUACUGCAGGACAGGAGGAGACAGGUGGACCAACACAUGAAGCAGCAGCUCCUUGAUCUGGAAGUGAUCCUUAACAUCUACCAAUGGGAUCGCCAGGAACAGGAAGUAACCCACUGGUUCAAAAACAAAGCUGACUUGUACUUUGAAAAAGAUCAUUUGGGCUCAGCUCUCACAGAAAAUGAAGAGCUCCUUCAGGAAUACAAAGAGUUUGAAGAGAAAGCCAAGGACUGGAGUGUGUUGGUGGAGAAGCUGCUAGCCCAAGCUUCAGAGCUGCAAGUGGGGGAAGCAGAGGGCUGUGCUGAGGAUGAGACGGGCCAUGUCUCUGAGAGAAGUGUGGCUCUCAAAGCCUUGCACAAACACUUCUGGAACCUCAUGAUGGGCCGGCUGGCACAGCUACAGGAGAGCAAUUCCUUCUUCAGCAGCGCUAACACGGCUUUUGAGGUCCUGGGAACUGUUGAGAGUAAACUUAAGGGGUUGAAGACCCAGACACUAUGGUUGCCUGAGUUGGCCAAAAAGCACGAGGACCUGUUGCGAAGCAUCAAAGAGUCAGCCAACGACCCUCUUCAGAGAGGGCAGCUCAUACUACAGAAGGCCAAACCACAGAGUUCCCAAGUUGAAGGCGUGAAAAGGAUGCUGGGAUAUGUCAGAGACCGGGUUGAUGCUCUAAUUCAGGAGUGUCAUGCUCACCAAGCACGGGCAGCCAAGAGACAGCAGCUGGUGUCCCAAUGUGAAGACCUCAUAGACAAGAUCUCUGUGUGGCUAAAGAGCAGCAACGGUGUCCUCUCCAGCAACACUGAGCCAGGCUCCCUGCUCUCUCAGUCUGAAGACAUGCUCAACAAACACCUGGAACUCUCCUCACAGACACAGCAAACAGCCAGUGAGGCAGAGGCCAUGGCAGAGCUGCUAAAGGAACUGAGAACACUGGGGUGUCCUGAAGCUGCUGAGUUCUCCAACAAAGCAUCACUGCUAGAGGAGGAGCUGAAGACAGUCACCAGGAACAUCACAUCUCGCAUCGAGAAUAUCCAACCAUACGUGGGCUUCUUGCGAAUAGCAGAGGAGGUGGAGGAACAGAUGCAGAGUCUACAUGAAAGCUAUAACAGGAAGCAAGAGGAGGAGGAGAACGAGGAGAGUUUAGUCACGUCUAAGGAGAUAGCUGACGCUAAGUGGCAGUCCAUGUUGGAACGCUUUCUCACCAUGCUGGACCUGGGAAACAACUACAUCAACUACUCAAACAUGGUGAGUGAGAACCUGAACCUGAAUGUGAGGGCAGCCAUCGGUGUGGUGGAGAAGAUCAUGGAGGAGCUGAACAAGAAGAAGAUGGAUCUGUCAGACCUCUGGACCUCCUGGCAGCUCCACGUCAGUCAGGUGAAGUCUGUCAAGAAACAGUGGAAGAAAUACAAAGAACAACUGAAAAAGACUGUUCAUGACCUAAAUAGUGUGGAGGAGGUUCUUGUCCCGACCUCUAAAGUAGAUCUGGGAAGUGAUCUUCAGACUGUGUCCAAGCUACUGGAGAACUUUAACCUAGCUAAGCCCCACUUCCUGCAGUUGAAUGCAGAGGUAGAAUACAUGGUGAAGACAUCAGAAUUGUUGGCACUGAAAGGAAUUCCAAUAAAAGAGAAGAAUGAGAAAGUCACAGAGAUGCUUCACCUUCAUCAGAGAGUGAAAGAUAAAAUCAAAGAGUACGAGUCUGUCCUCAACAUGGCCGUGAAGUUCCACCAGCUCUAUGACGAGUUGGAUAAGCUGUCAAUGUUGGAGCCUGUGACGGGGUUCAGUGAGACAAGCCAGGCUAAGAUCCAGCUGAUCCAGCAUCAGGACAGGCAGAGUCACGUCAGACACCUGUACAAGCUGGCUAUCUCUCUGGGAGGAGAUAUCAGCAACACUGUACAACAGUUGCAUGACUCAGGUUUCUCUGUACAGCGUCUGCAGGAGCGUCUGGCGAGACUGGAGAGAAGCUGUGUUAACUGGAGUGCUGAGGCCAACAGGUGUGAAGAGAGCCUCACUAGCAACGUGUACUACUGUGUCUUCAAGGAGGAGAUCACUGAGCUGAGAAAGUCAUUCAAGGACCUCAAGAAGAAAUUCAACAACUUGAAGUUCAAUUAUAUGAAGAAAAACGACGAGUCAUGGAACCUGAAAGCAGUGAAAAACCAAAUCCAGCAGAUAGAGAUUUAUGUUGAAAAGUUACAGAUAUUGCAGAAACAGAUGCAGGUAUUUACAGUCAAAGUGACUUCCAGCACAGAGAGGCAUCUAAUAGGCAAUAGCCCCAGAGAGAUAGAGGAUGCUGUGAAUGAGCUACAGAGACAGCUGGGGGACUUUGACAAGACUGUGGAGGAGUACAAGCAGAAUCUGGACAUGAGCAUAAGGCUGCAGCAAGCCAUGGAUGAGUAUAACUUCUGGUGUGAUGAAGCAAGUGCUACAAUUGUGAGAGUAGGGAAGUACUCUUCCCAGUGUAAGACCAGGGAAGCAGUGUCUAUUCUAUACAAGCAGUUUGAGAAGUUUGUUUGGCCCACUGUGUCCCAGCAAGAGGAGAGGAUCAGCCAAAUCACAGAACUGGCUGUCCGUCUGCAUGGUGCUGAGGAGGGAAAUAAGUAUACGGAGAAAACUGUCACCAGACACAAUGAGUUAGUGGAAUCGAUAAAGGAACUAUCUAAUGGAUUGAUGGAUUUGGAGGCUAAACUACAGACUGAGGCUUUGAAGCAUGAGCCUGAAAUAAAAGAAUUGGAUAAUGACAUACAAGAGGAAAACAAACAAGAGAAAAAAUCUAACCAAGAAAUAGGGAAAGCUGAGAUGUACCCCCAGGAGUCUCUUGAUGUGCAGUCUGAGCUGAAAGAAACUGGACACACUCCCGAACUAACCAUGGGAUUGAAUGGGAAAGAGGUACCCAUCAAAAUAAUUGAAAACACAAGAAGCAAGAAACCUCAAAUCCGCAAAACAAGGAGCCAGGAACUACCAGAUAAACUCCACCCACAACAUCACAACAAAGUGUUAUCAGAGCAGAGCAGGUAUCAUACCCAGGAGUUGUGCUCGGAGACCAGCAGAGUGGAGACUAUUACCAGCAGGUUGACAAUGGAGCGAAAAGAGCAGCUGAGCACCUCUUUCUCAUGUACACACACCUUCAACCUGUCCUGUUCACCGCUGGAGAGGGACAGGAAAGUCCAUGCGCUCAACCAGGCAGGGAUCAAGUCUCUGGUCACCCCUCCUCCUACUAUUCCUCCUCCUCCUGCCUUCGCUUCGGCUCCCAGCUUCUCUGAUAUCCAUAGAGAGUUCCAGAAGAAGGAGAGACAGGGCCCUGCUCAGAGGAACUUCCCUGGGUUUCAUACUUCUAAUACUGAUCAGGGUGAGCCUUUCCCCCAAGAUGCAUCACUCCUGCUGCCGCCCGCAGGUGGUCUGACGGAGGGGAACCUUCAGCGGCAUAACCUCAUGACAGAAGAGUCCCUGUCCAACGACGAAUAUGAGUGCACUUCCCCCGACGACAUCUCCCUGCCCCCGCUUUCCGAGACCCCAGAGUCCAACAUCGUCCUAUCAGAGAAUGACCUGGACCUGGAUGGUUUCUGUCUCAGCUCCCAGUCCCACACCAUUCACAUCAACCAGUACAGCCACCAGUUCCACUCCACACAUAAUGAUUACAGCAACAGCCAGAGCCAACAGAGGAUCAGAGAGCAGACUGUAAGCUGUCCCUCUCCUACAGUGGGCCUUAACACCAAGUUCAGAGCAGAGUCCUCUUCUUUCGUCCACAGCCCCCUGACUGUCCCAGCACCAAGCCUGGUCUCAAACAUACUCUCCAAUAUUCUGAAAAGCAGGGGCAUCCCCAACCUUCCAAACUCCAACCUCCCAAAUCUCCCACCGGUCGCCCCCCUAGGCCUAAACGAGUGCCACCAGACCGUGUAUUCCGUGCAUGAGAGCUCUGUCACAGAGAUGCAGGAGAAUGUGCAUGACCCUAGCACCAUGAUGGUUCGAGGAGCUGCCUUCCCCGCUGCUGCUGCCGCUAGCACUCUUAACACGCAUGCUACCCCCUCCCCAUUAACCACCACAGCAGUCACACUCACAGACCAGGGCCAAGACCCAGACCUCUGCAAUCCCACAGCCAUCAGAGAAGAGAUCAGGCUGCCUGGUACCAGCUGUUCCAUGGGGAGCACCCUAGCAGGCCAGGGCCCUCCUCACUUCUCCAAACUACUGUCUAGUCCCACAAUUAUGGAGAGGUCGCCUGUGACCCUGGAAGUGGAGGUCACUGGAUUUCCAGAGCCUACUUUAACAUGGUUCAAGAAUGGAGAGAAAUUGACCAAUGAUGAGCACAUAGAACUGUCCCAAAAAGAAGGCAAACAUGCAUUGUUUAUACAGAAAGUCACUGAGGCCGACGCAGGUCUCUAUGUGUGCCGGGCCGUCAACUCAAGUGGCACCCUGUCCUCUAGCGCCGCCCUUCAGGUGAAUGCAGGUAACAACAGAUGUCCCGAUCCCAACUGCCCUCUUCUCAAGCUGAACUGGCACACUUGUUUUGUCACUCUGUGUUUUCUCCUGUAUCUCCUGUACCUACUGCUAUUAUGAAGAAAGAAACAAAUAUAUUAAGCUUUUUACUGCCAGUACCUUUUCCACUCUCACUAUAAUGGGAAGUAGUGUUGACUUUGAACAGUAGUACACUGGAUAACCCUAACUUCAACUGUAUGGAUGCAUGCGGUGUCAUCUCCAAACCUGGACACCACCACCACCCUAUUACACCCAAAACCACCUGUGUGUAUGAAUGUCGGGUUAAUUUAUUUUGUAGAUUUGUAUUUAAUCUCUGCGUAAAAGUAUUAUCUCAAUUAAUUUAUAUCUCAACUAAAGUCGGUAUCUCCUUCGUAUACUUUUGUCUAGAAAGUCAGUGCAUUGAGUCUGUGCCUCCAUGACUAAAAUGGUUUGCAAUUACAGAAUCAAGGUAUUAAUUUACUAAUAAAAUGCUAAAAUCAGUAAUUUAGCCAAUUUCUCUUUUAUUGUAUUACGCCCAUCCUAAACUUCAAAGCUCAGAGAUUAGAUGGUAAAUUGUUUCAGCCAAAUGACCUUAUUAAAUGUAUUUUAAAUAAAGUAAUGCAGAUUCCGA